AUGAACGCGGAGAAGGGAGGAGAUAUCAUUGCGAUAACAAGAUCGUAUAUAGACUUUGGUACGCUUCUUGGUAAGAAAGGCGAAAGUACAGGAAAACCUAUGCUGAUGAUUGUUGAAUACGAACUGUUAGCGCGGGGCCAUUCUAUACUUUCUGCAGGUGUUAGCCAUGAUGGCGAUAAGCAACUUCGAGUGGAGGAGUUCUGCGAAAGUGACAUCAUACCAAUAAGUAGCAUUACUCCUUACGUCAGCCGGUGGCGAAUUUGUGGCCUUUGCACCUCGAAAGAUAAUUUGAGGAAAUAUAAACGGAGUGCAGGAGAUGAAGUUACGGUGCUUUGUUUUGAGCUUACCGACAGGGACGGAGCUGCUCUUCGUAUUACUGGAUUCGAUGAGGUUGCUGAGAAGUUGUUUCCUAUAAUCGAGAUAGAUCGUUUUAUUUCACGCGACGGUAGGCAUUGCGUGAAACGCGAUCUCAGUUUGAUAGAUGAGAGCAAUGCUGUUGUUCAACUGACUCUUUGGAAUGAUCGGGCCGAAAAUUUUGAAGAGAAGUCGCUUGGUCAUGUGAUCUCGAUUAAAGGAGCGAUGGUCAAACACUGGAGUGGUACCUUCAGUUUGGGCAUAGCUCCAUCGUCAAAAAUUGAAAUUAAUCCACAGAUUGAUGGAAGUGUAAACCUGGCUGAUUGGUUUGCUAACAAGAGAAAAUCUGUUGAUGUUAAACGUAUCAGCAAACCUGUAUACAAUGGAGAUAAUUUUGAUUAG